GUUUAUCCCGACAUGGGAUUCGACUACAAGAAGGCUCACAGGCUCCUUUGGCUGGAAGCGUCGAAGUCCAACGAAGACUAUUUGUUCAUGCUCGACGCAAAUGUCCAGCUCACCAACCCCGACAUCCUGCAGGAUCUCAUGCGUAAGAGGAGGAACGUGGUCGGGCCCCUUCUGACCCACGCGGGCGGCUCCGGACACAACCUGAUGACCGAUUACAUCAACCACGAGUUCUCCGAGGGCUUCUUAGCCGGGGACUUCGUGGCUCGACGUCGCGAGGAGAACGGGACCAUCGACGUGGGGAUGCUGCAGGUGGCCAGGAUCAAGAGCGCCCUUUUGCUCACCAGAGACGCCUUCCUCCACAUCAAGAUGAAGAGCUUCACCUCCUCAGGGGAUGACAUGUGGAAUCGCUUCUUCAUUCACGUCUUUGAACAGGGCUACCUCCCCUACGCUUGCAACCAAGAGAACUACGGCCACCUGACGAAGGCGGACGACGAAGGGAAAUUUACCCCCGACGUCUGGAACCUGGAGCGCAACCAGGAGGACUUCAUCGCCUACUUCACCUUCCUCCAGACGCCAGAGGGGCAGGAGGUCGCCUUGGGAGAGGGCGAGUGCGAGGGCGUCGCCAGGAGGUGGUUCUUCAGGGAGCCCUUCGCCCGGGACCUGAUGGCUCGUGUCGAAGGAGGAAGCGGAUGGGAAGAAGCCGCUCGGAAGGGGGCGUCGGCCACCGCAGAAGUCCUCGCGCCUCCCGAAGGACUCGAGAGAAAGGCAGGACAAGCCCUUGCCAAGUUCGUCGUCAGGAACAUGAUGCCUCAGCUCGACGAUACACAGGUUUCGUCAGCGGGCGACCUGUAUGUUCUGAAGGGCAGCGGCAGUUUUUCGCCCGAGGAAGCCUCCUUUGUGGUGCUGAUUGCGUUGGGGGAUAAGGUCACAAAGGUGGAAAUCCAAUCCAAAGGGGAACGGAGAUGCCACCUGGGUCUGCAGAAGGGUGAAGCGGCAUCCUUCAGAAGUGCCGACUUCCCGAAGCUCACGUUCCCGCAGUCUGUGACCUUGGCUCUCAUGGCCCUCUGACCUCAUGCUGACCUUCAUAUCCCCCCAAAAAUAAUAUUAAAAUAGAGUGGGAAGGAUGUGAGAAUAGCAUCUACUUGGGCAUUUCCCAUUUUCUGUAGAUUUUACGCAAGCGGUUCGAAAUAGUAGUGAAAGAAAGACUCUGGUUCUGGGUGCGGCGCCACGUCAGUGCCAUAGCCCAUGCAUCCCUUAUCUUAGAACGCGUAUUCCUCUGCACAGCAUUCGUUAUUCCUGGGAGAGGGGCGCAUUAACCUCCUCUUACCCCUCGAACGUGCUUUUGUGUCGCCGUCGUUGAGGAUCAGCUCAUCUAUGCUGGGUAUGGAGGAAAAUAUGUAAGGGCUUCGCGAGCAUGACUCAGGGAGAGGCCAGGGGACGAGGGGGAGAGAUCUUCUUCGCAUAAACCCUGCUCUGUUUCGCUUCGUCGGAUUGCCUUCUGUAUCUUCUCUCUCUC